GAUGAAGCGCUUCCUUCCUCCGUGUCUCCGCUGACACGACUGCACCUCACACUCCACUUAGCUCCUGUUGUAAACGCAAAUAGAGGCCGACGCCGGUUCGGUGUGAAAUGGCAGGGAGGUAAAGACUGCAGCCGUAGACAUGAGCGAAAGAGCCGACGUGAGAGGGCCCGCGACCCGCCGGAGGAGGACGACCCUCACCGGCGGCGGCGGCGGCGGAGCGGCUGCUGUGAAGCAAGCCAACGGCAGCAAGGUGAACGGAGAAGGGGGGAAACGUAUCCAGUGUCCCGCUAAAAUCAAAACAGAUGUCGAGGUGCAAAGAUAUUCAAAUAACAACGGGAAGAUGAGCAAAGAGAUGCCGGAGCAGCAGCUCACGAACAGCCCGAGGAAACAGGGGAGCGCAGUGGAAGAUAUCAGCGAUAGACUCAGCUGUCACGUCCUCCAGGAGUCUCUGUUGAGCUCGGCCAGCGGUUACAGCAACUACAGAGGAAUCCUAAACUGGUGUGUUGUCAUGCUGGUGUUAAGUAAUGCACGUCUCUUUUUGGAGAACAUUAUAAAGUAUGGUAUUUUGGUUGAUCCGAUCCAAGUGGUGUCGCUCUUCUUAAAGGACCCCUAUAGCUGGCCAGCUGCCUGCCUCAUCAUUGUGUCUAAUGUGUUUAUCCUAGCAGCUUUGUACAUAGAGAGACGUCUGACUGUGGGCACCAUUUCCAAAACCACAGGGCAGCUCCUUCACAUUUUUAACCUGACAUCCGUGUUGAUCUUUCCUACAGCCACAAUCCUCUCUGUGACCUCCAUCACUCCAGUGGGUGGUGUUCUAUCCCUAGGUGUUUAUACAGUGCUGUUUCUAAAGCUGUACUCCUACCAAGAUACCAACCGGUGGUGUCGAGAAAUCAGACAAGCCAAAGCCAAAAGGUUGACAAGAUCAUACUCUUGUCCAUCUGUGGCCCAGUCUAAUGGUUCAGAGGUUCACAGUCAUGUCUCCUAUCCAGGCAACCUCACCCACAGAGACAUGUACUACUUUGUAUUUGCCCCAACUCUCUGCUACCAGCUCAACUUCCCACGGUCACCUCGGAUACGUAAACGCUUCCUGAUUAGAAGACUCUUUGAAAUGUUCUUCCUCAUGCAGCUGCUGGUGGGAUUAAUACAGCAGUGGAUGGUUCCCACUAUACAGAACUCAAUGAAACCCUUACAGGAAAUGAACUUUUCUCGGAUGGUGGAGCGCCUGUUGAAAUUAGCUGUUCCCAACCAUCUGAUAUGGUUAAUAUUCUUUUAUUGGUUUUUUCACUCCUCCAUGAACUUUGUGGCAGAGCUGCUGCAGUUUGGAGACAGAGAGUUCUACAGGGACUGGUGGAAUUCUGAGACGGUCACCUAUUUCUGGGCCAACUGGAAUAUUCCGGUUCACAAGUGGUGUCUCAGACACUUCUACAAACCAAUGUUGAAGAGGGGGACCAACAAGUUUCUGGCUCAAACUGUCGUUUUUUUUUUGUCUGCAUUCUUCCACGAGUACCUGGUUAGUGUUCCUCUCAAGAUGUUCAGACUAUGGGCUUUUAUGGGAAUGAUGGCUCAGGUUCCUCUGGCUUGGUUUGUGGGCCGUUUUCUCAAUGGGAACUAUGGAAACGCUGCCGUGUGGAUCUCGCUCAUCAUUGGCCAGCCCGUCGCCGUGUUGAUGUAUUUCCAUGACUACUAUGUCAUUCAUUAUGGCAGCACCACAUAACAGUGCUGGAUAAAUACACACGUCCUGCUCCCACACACACACACAAACACAGACACACACUCCAGCCUGCAGUGAGUAAAUAAAGGGAAAGUAAAAUAAACUUGCCAGUAAACAGCAGGACAGUCUAUGUCACAUAUGUUUAACAUGAGAUUCUGAAGUGACAUUCCACUUGCACACACCUUUGUCGUCAAACACCAGUGUCUGCAAAGCCACCUUCACUAGUUCUUCAUAUCUGCGUCCAGCACAGGAUGUUUAAACACUAUGUCAUUGGAAAUUAUCCUUCAAUGUUAGGUUUAGUUUAAUUUUAUCAUUAAAAAUAUGUGCAUCUUCCCAAAGUGACUGAUAAAGGUGGUUGAUCCAGGUUAGGUUAACCUAUCUAAGCUGCCUAAGCUUUAUUUGUUGACGGCAGGGACAGGGUUUUUUUUUUGGGGUUUUUUACACGUGUUCUGUGUUUAUAACACACAUUAUUCCCUUUGAUGCUGUCCAGUUGUAUUGCAGACAUUUAUAUGAAGUUAUUUGUAAGAAAAUAUGAAGAAAGAUGAACUCCCUCUUAAAGGAUAAAAGGCUGGUUUUGUGACUGUGACAAACUUAAACGUGUUAUUCGCCUUUGGCAUAGUUGGAUUUUUUGCAUCCAAUGUUUUGUUUUACCCUUUAUAUUUCAUUUGUUGGAAUUAUGUUGUGCCAUCUUGAACCUAUUAUUUAUGUUGGGGGAUUUCCUUGUCGUUUGAUUUGAGGCAGUGGAUGAUACUGAUCUGAACCAAUGAAUGUUUUUUGCACUUUAAAGAGAUGCAUGCUGUUAAAGCAAUAGAUUUCUAUGAAUGUAUUUUUCACAUUGUUGGUGUGAGGAAAUAUGCCAUUUAGAAGAGUCAUCAAGUUUUGUAAUUUACUGGUGGAAUUUGUGUUGUAUAUGUUUGACUGUGUUCCAGUUUUGCUGGAACACAGUCAAACAGCUUAUUCAGUCACAUUGUCAAACUGCCUUUUACUGCCCGACAUUUUUCAGAAGAAUUAUUUUGACCUUAUAUUUAAUUCAUUACAGCCCAACACUAUUGCCACAUAUGGAAAUAUGUUUAAGUAUUAACACAAUUUCUAAAUACACAAUAAGAGCUGAAUAGACAUAUUAAAAUUGAAUUUUAAAAAUGCAUCCCAUCGUCUUCCCUCACUGAUCAUAUUUCAGGGAAAAUGCUGUUAAAACAUAUUUUCACACUGUGUUUUAACAUUUCUUGUUGGAAAAGUGCCUGCUGCAUAAACAUGCUUGAUAAAAAAUACAUAUACUUUAAGUUUUAUGUAGAAAAUCAAAGAGGCCAAAUACUUAAAAAAAAACAUGAUGGGAUUUUACAGUAAAACUUUCAGUGCAACUUUAAAAUCUGGUCCAGAUGUUAAACUGUAGCCUUUUUCAAAUGUCCAUUUAAAGACAGUAUUAUCUAUGCUUUAUGACAUUUGUGGCUAAAUCACAUUAAUGCUGUUUCAAUGCACACAUGGCAGCUAAGUAUCUCUAAGUCUGACCCACCUUUAAGGUGUAAUUCUGUGCAUGGUCUGUGAGCAGCAGUGACUACAUUACAAUUAUUUAUUCAAUAAAACAGUUGAUCAUCAUGAAGAAUGUACGUCCAAAGUUUAACGUUUAAUUCUGCCUUGCACUUUGAUUUCUGUGAAAUUUUUAGAAAAUGGAAAAAUAUAGUGAUAAAGGUGACUUUAAAAUGUAUUGAGAAAAUGUUAUUAGCAUCAUUUCUUUUUGUGUGUGGGUGUUAUUUGCCCCCAAUGUCCACCGCUUCCUUUUUUUUCUGAACAUUUUGUAAUUUGUUCUUUGCUGUAAACAAGAUUCCAAAGUGGAACAAAUACUUUGUUUUGGAAAUGAAAAUCUCCAAGGACAUUUGUUUGAGAUUAUUUGUGUUGUAUAAAGAUGGUUUAUAUUUGA